AUGAGAGCCGUUGAAUUUAUCGUCUUUACGACCCCUCUGCUCCUCACAUCGACCGUAGGGGAGGACACAGUGGCAGAAGACAUCGGAAGCCAUCAGGUGGAGCGUCUGGUGGAGCUGCUGACGUCUAAGGAGUGUGAGAAUCUCCUGGGAGCUCUGUCUCACCUGGAGGAGGACAUCUUCCAGCACCUCCAGCGCCUGUCACCCGAGAACAACCAGCUAGACCUCAAAUCUCGAGUCAGGAGAGACACCUCUUUUGCUGCUGACAGGGAGUCACAGUGCCGAAUGGCCCUGACAGACUGGCUGCUGAAGAACGGUGAGCAGAUCUACUACGACAGGCUCGCUCGUGCCCUGCAGCACAUCGGCAGGACAGACAUCGCCGUUGAAGUGGGGAAGAACAUCAACCAGGACAAAACCCUGAGUCUGAAACGCUAUGUUGAAGACUACCACAAACACGGGAGCAAUUACAAGAUCCCAUCAGCCCAAACGGAGAAAGAGAACCAUCGGUUUGUCCGCCAGAAGGCCCAACGCAGAAAAGUAAGGGAUCUGACAUGGAGCGACCUGGAUCUGAUCAUUGAGCGGAUGCCCGUCCCACAGAAGCACGGGGGGCUGCUGCACAGAGCAUGGCCGCUGCUCUAUGGUCUCCUGCUGGGCUUCGGGGGAACCUCGCUCAUGGGUGUUUUUAUCCUACUCCUAAUCAUCCGACUCGCUCAGAGGAACCAACUGAGCGGUCACCCCAGUGCGACAGGGGGUUCAUUUGUGAGGCACCACAGCCGGUCCAGCCAGAAGUCCGUGGCAGCAGAUGGGUUGUGCAGAGGGGCGGCUUGUGGCAGGCCGGCCGGGAGGUCGCGGGUUGCAUAA